GCGGGGCUGGUCGCGCGGCCCGGGUCCCUAGCGAGGGAUCCCGCCGCUCGCUCGGCCUUUCUCGGUCUCAGGCGUCCGCGGCCACCGGGGCCGGCAGCUGGGAAGGUGGGCGGCUUUCCGUGGGCGCCCCUCCCCGGGCAGGGAAGGGCUCUGCCUGCCCACAGUGGGAGCCCUGCCGCCGGCAGCCGCGGGAACGCCCGUCCGUGGAGUCGGUUGAGCCCCGGGGGCCACGUGCUCAUUAGGAGCCGCGCGUGGCGACAGUCUGCCCGGCCGCUGAGCAGGAGACUUGUGCUGGGGGGACGCGAGCUGUCAGCCUGAGUCCCUUUCCUCACAAGGGCCUGACGCAGCCGCCUACAGCGUGGACAGGGUGUGGGUGAGGGCUCCAGAAAUGAGAAGUUGGCCCCGAGCCGGGGAGAGAGGUGCCUGGGAGAUGACGUCUGGCUGGGUUCCUUUGGAUGCCUACUCGUUGACCAUGAAAGAGACAGACAGGGAAGCUGUAGCAACAGCGGUCCAGAGGGUGGCUGGGAUGCUCCAGCGCCCAGACCAGCUGGACAAAGUUGAGCAGUAUCGCAGGAGGGAGGCUCGGAAGAAGGCCUCUGUGGAGGCCAGACUGAAGGCUGCGAUCCAGUCACAGUUGGACGGGGUGCGCACAGGCCUGAGCCAGCUCCACAAUGCACUGACUGAUGUCAAAGACAUCCAGCAGUCGCUGGCCGAUGUCAGCAAGGACUGGAGGCAGAGCAUCAACACAGUCGAGAGUCUCAAGGAUGUGAAGGAUGCUGUAGCGCAGCACAGCCAGCUGGCUGCAGCUGUGGAGAACCUCAAGAAUAUCUUCUCAGUGCCUGAGAUCGUGAGGGAGACCCAGGACCUGAUUGAGCAGGGGGCGCUGCUACAGGCCCACCGAAAGCUGAUGGACCUGGAGUGCUCCCGAGACGGGCUCAUGUGCGAGCAGUACCGCAUGGACAGUGGAAACACACGAGACAUGACCCUCAUCCAUGGCUACUUCAGCAGCACACAGGGUCUCUCUGAUGAGCUGGCCAAGCAGCUGUGGAUGGUGCUGCAGAGAUCACUGGUUACUGUCCGCCGGGACCCCACCUUGCUGGUCUCUGUGGUCAGGAUCAUCGAAAGGGAAGAAAAAAUUGACAGACGUAUACUUGACCGAAAAAAGCAAACUGGCUUUGUUCCUCCUGGGAGGCCCAAAAAUUGGAAAGAGAAGAUGUUCUCCAUCUUGGACAGGACUGUGACAACUAGAAUCGAGGGCACACAGGCAGACACCAGGGAGUCGGACAAGAUGUGGCUCGUGCGCCACCUGGAGAUCAUAAGGAAGUAUGUCCUGGAUGACCUUUUGGUCGCCAAGAACCUGAUGGUGCAGUGCUUCCCUCCCCACUAUGAGAUCUUUAAAAACCUCCUGAGAAUGUACCACCAGGCCCUGAGCACAAGGAUGCAGGAGCUGGCGUCAGAGGACCUCGAGGCCAGCGAGAUUGUGAGCCUCCUGACGUGGGUCUUGAACACCUACACCAGUGUGGAGAUGAUGGGGAACAUGGAGCUGGCCCCAGAAGUGGAUGUGCACUCCCUGGAGCCGUUACUUUCUCCGAACGUGGUCUCUGAGCUGCUCGACACAUACAUGUCAACGCUCACUUCCAACAUCAUUGCCUGGCUGCGGAAAGCACUAGAAACAGACAGAAAAGACUGGAGCAAAGAGACAGAGCCUGAGGCUGACCAAGAUGGGUACUACCAGACAACACUUCCUGCCAUUGUCUUCCAGAUGUUUGAACAGAAUCUUCAAGUUGCUGCUCAGAUAAAUGAAGAUUUGAAAACAAAAGUACUAGUUUUGUGUCUUCAGCAAAUGAAUUCUUUCCUGAGUAGAUACAAGGAUGAAGCCCAGCUGUACAAGGAGGAGCACCUGAAGAACCGGCAGCACCCACACUGCUAUGUCCAGUACAUGAUCGCCAUCAUCAACAACUGCCAGACCUUCAAAGAGUCCAUUGUCAGCCUGAAAAGGAAGUAUUUAAAGGGUGAAGUGGAGGAGGGUGUGUGUCUGAGCCAGCCAAGCAUGGAUGGGAUUCUAGACACCAUUGCCAAGGAAGGCUGUGGCAGCCUGCUGGAAGAAGUCUUCCUGGACCUGGAGCAACAUCUGAAUGAACUGAUGACAAAGAAGUGGCUGUUGGGGUCGAACGCUGUGGACAUCAUCUGUGUCACUGUGGAAGACUAUUUUAACGAUUUUGCCAAAAUCAAAAAGCCUUACAAAAAGAGGAUGACGGCCGAGGCGCAUCGGCGUGUGGUAGUGGAGUACCUGCGGGCUGUCAUGCAGAAGCGCAUCUCAUUCCGGAGUGCCGAGGAGCGCAAGGAGGGCGCUGAGAAGAUGGUCAGGGAGGCCGAGCAGCUCCGCUUCCUGUUCCGGAAGCUGGCUUCAGGGUUUGGCGAAGACGUGGAUGGUCACUGUGACACCAUCGUUGCUGUGGCUGAGGUUAUUAAGUUGACGGACCCUUCCCUGCUCUACCUGGAAGUCUCGACCCUGGUCAGCAAAUAUCCAGACAUCAGAGACGACCACAUUGGUGCACUGCUGGCCGUGCGAGGAGAUGCCAGCCGGGACAUGAAGCAGACCAUAAUUGAGACGCUGGAGCAGGGCCCUGCACAGGCAAACCCCAGCUACGUGCCCAUCUUCAGGGAGAUCACCGUGCCGAGUCUGAAUGUGGCCAAGCUCCUCAAGUAGCUGCAUUGUCCUGGCCUGUGCACGUCACUGUGGCUUCACCUCCUUACCCUCACACACAUUAAAACAAAACCUACUCCAGGCCACAUUUGGUGGUCAAGGUGACAUGUACCUGUCUGCUCUGGUGCCCAGAUGCACAUGACGUGAAGUGCUGGGGCGUGAUUUUGUUGUGGGUGUUCUACCCCAGGAACAUGCUCUGUGAGGACUCUUCUGCCAAUGAGACCCUCUUGUGGCUUGUGGUGGGAAGGUGUGGUGGGUGUCCCCUGGUUCUCCCGGGGUCUGGUCUCCCUGUGUGGGAAGGUGAGGUGGGCAUCCCUCAUUGUCCCCACGUGGAAAGGUUUUACCCUGGCCUUCCUGGAGGUGCUUGACUGGUUCCUCAGUCCUAUACAUAGGAAAAAUCAGCUGCUGGUCCCAGUUAGCCUGCCCAGUGGUCAGAGCCCGCAUGGGCAUGCCACCAGGUCAGGUGAGCCAGUCGUGUGGGAUGAGCAUGUCCUGAGUGCUGGUUUUGAUAAAGGCAUGUAUGAAAA